AUGCAGGCCGACUACACCUUGGACGAGUCCUUCUGGAUCGACGAGAGUCCUGCAGGCGAGGUGGAGCGAUUGUUGCGCGAAUACACCCAGAAUCAGGAAAUGGUGCGCAACAUCGGCUCCCACUACUACCAGAUCAUCUAUCCAGUUCAGUUGCGCCAGCACAAGAAAAUGGGCAUCAGCACCAGGGAGAUCGGGUCUUCCAAGAGAGGACAGGGCGAUAGAGGGAGCUACGGUGGCAGCAGGGACCGACAAAGCAAGACCGGCAAGCACUUUCACCGCACCUCCCUUCUCAUCAAGGCCUUCAAUCACAAGUUCCGGCUGGACCUCGAGCUCAACACCCAACUCAUCGCCCCCAACAUCAUGCAGAAACACUAUCUGGCAAACGGCGCUGAGCAGGUUUCCAAACAGGACAUCGAGCACUGCUACUAUCACGGCAAAGUCCAGGAUUAUCCAGGCGCAACGGCAGCCUUCCACACGUGCAAUGGAGUGAGCGGCGUGAUCCACGUGGGGAACGAAACUUUCGUGAUCCACCCAUUCUACGGUGGCGAUCUUUCGGCGGCAACAAGGCCCCGAUCCACAAGGACAAGGACAUCGGCUACGCCCUGUCCAGCUUCAACGACUACACGUCCCGAUACCUCUUCACAGUGGACAAGGACACCACGCAGCUGCUGACGGGCGAAGUUUUUGAUGGCGGCGAGGCCGGAAUCGCCGUUCCUGCCACUGUUUGCACCACAAAGUCGGUGGGGAUCAGCGUGGACAUCAACCCCUACGAGCCCCACUUGCUCGCAGGCACGAUGGCCCACAUGAUAGGCCACAACAUAGGCAUGGGGCACGACGACGGCCGGGAGCAGUGCUUCUGCAAGGACUGGCAUGGCUGCAUCAUGGCCAAGUCCAUCGUAGGCCUGGAGAACGUGCAGCCGUACAAGUUCAGCGACUGCAGCAUGGCCGACUAUGUGGACCGGCUGCGCACCGGGUCGGGCCAAUGUUUGAUGAACAGGCCGAACGAGCUGCCGGUGAGGAGGACGUGCGGCAACAAUGUGGUGGAUGAGGGUGAGGAGUGCGACUGUGGGAGCAUCGAAACGUGCGAAACGUACGAUCCGUGCUGCGAUCCGUUGACGUGCAAGCUGAAGUCCGAGUCGAGGUGUGCGAGUGGCCCGUGCUGUGAUAACUGCAGGCUGAAGGAGAAAGGCAUCAUUUGCCGCGAGGCCUCCAACGAGUGCGACCUGCCCGAGCAAUGUUCGGGCGAGUCGGGCGAAUGCCCGCCGGACAUCCACAAGAAGAACGGCAGUCCCUGCGGGAGCGACAAGGACAAGGGCAAGUGCUUCCACGGCUACUGCCCCACCCUGACUGCGCAGUGCGAGCAACUCUGGGGCUACGGUAGCAUCGGGGCGGCGCAGCAGUGCUUCGACAUCUUCAACUCGAAGGGCUCCAUCCACGGCCACUGCGGCAAGGACAAGAGCGACAAUUACCUGGAGUGCAGCCCGGAAAACGUCCGCUGCGGCUCGCUGCAGUGCCAGCUGGGCGGCCGCUACCCCGCCCUCGAGAAAAAGGACCAGCAGUUCUACCGAACCAUCACGAACGUGGGCACCGAAGAGUUCGAGUGCAAGUCGAUCCUGCGCAGCCGCGAGGCCAAUGGGGACCCCGACCAGCUGCCCCCCUUCGGGCUGGUGCGCAGCGGCACCCCCUGCGGCGACAACCUGAUCUGCAUCAACCAAUCGUGCAUCGCCAUCUUCUCGCACGUGACGCAGGAGCGGUGCCCCACCAAUAGCGCUGCAGCUGAGUGCUCAGGGCAUGGGCACUGCACCAACGAGAACAAGUGCUUCUGCGAGCUGGGCUACAGCGGCUCCGACUGCUCGAUCAUGGUGGAGGAGAUGACGCCCACCCCGUCGCCCCCUACGCCGCCCCC